CUGAGACACACGACUAACCAACAUGGCGAAGGUGUUUACCUUUGCUGAUACACGAGCCGUUCCUGAUCCUCUGUACACUCUUAGUUUUGAGUGCUUGCAACCUUCUCCGGUUCCCAUCGUCAUCGAUAACGGUUCGUUCCAGACUCGAGCUGGCUUGGCAUGUGCUGAUAAGACUUUUGCGGAGCCACGAUUGGCGCUGAAGACUGUGGUGGCGCGAAGCCGGGGUGCUGCUCGAAGUGAGACUCAAAUCGGCAAUGACAUCGCCAACUUAGAACCGUUACGGUGGCUGCUGAAGAGCCAGUUCGAUAGAAACGUGGUGGUGAAUUUGGAGGUUCAGGAGCUCAUAUUGGAUUACGUCUUUACGCACCUGGGGAUCAGCAGCGAGGGAAGUGUGGAGCAUCCUAUUGUGAUGACAGAGGCACCUUGCAAUCCUUUGCACUGCAGGCAGAUGAUGUCUGAGCUUUUGUUUGAGUGCUACCAAAUACCCAAAGUAUCCUAUGGAAUUGAUGCUAUGUAUAGUUUCAAUCACAAUAACUACAAGGGGGGAGUCAGUGUCCCCUCCAAUGGAUUAAUCAUCUCCUCUGGUUAUCACUGUACGCACAUCUUACCAGUUUUAGAAGGAAGGCUGGACAGCAGAAACUGCAAACGUAUUAACCUUGGAGGAAGCCAUGCCGCAUCUUACCUGCAAAGAUUAUUACAGCUGAAGUAUCCAGUGCAUCUGGCAGCCAUCACCCUCAGUCGUGCAGAAGAGAUACUGCAUGGGCAUUGCUAUGUAGCACAUGACUAUCACGAUGAGAUGGAAAAGUGGAGAAAACCAGAUUUUUAUGAAAAGGAAGUCCACAGAAUGCAGUUGCCAUUUUCACAGAAACUGUUAGGAAGCACUUUGAGUGCAGAAGAGCGGCAGGAAAGGCGGUCACAGCAGCUGCGUCGUUUGCAGGAAUUAAACGCUCGGCGCCGGGAGGAAAAAUUACAAUUAGACCAGGAGAAACUGGACAGGCUGCUCUUUGUACAGGAGCUACUUGAGGAUGGUCUGGUAGACCAGUUCCAUAAGGCAUUGGUUGAACUUAACAUGGACUCUGCCGAAGAGUUGCAUUCCUACAUCACUAAGCUGAGUUUAUCUGUCGAGCAAACCCGGCACAAGAUAAUGCAGGCAGAGGCCAGUGUUGAUGUGGAUUCUGCAGACAACAAAUCUGAAGCACCUGAGCUUGAGCCUAAUCUUUAUGAUGUGGACAGUGUAGCAGACAUGGAUCCUGAGUUCAAAGUGGACCAAAUGGAGACGGAAAAGACAAUCAGCACAUCACAGUCCAUAUUUAACCUUGCUGAAUAUCACCAAAUGUACUUGGGUACAGAGAUGCUGCGAGUGCCAGAAAUCUUGUUCCAGCCUUCAUUGAUUGGAGAAGAACAGGCAGGGAUUGUAGAAACACUGCAGUACGUCCUGGACAGAUAUCCAAAAGAGCAACAGAAUCUUAUGGUGAACAAUAUUCUCCUUACUGGUGGAAAUGUCUCCUACCCAGGAAUAAGGGAGCGCCUUGAGAAGGAGCUUCUUGCCAUUAGACCAUUCCAGUCACAAUUUCAGGUACAUUUGGCUUCCAAUCCAAUUCUAGAUGGCUGGUAUGGUGCACGUAAUUGGGCUCUGCAGUAUAAGGACCAGGACACAGGGUGGAUUUCAAGGACCGAAUAUGAGGAAAAAGGUGGGGAAUAUCUGAAAGAACAUGGAGCCUCCAAUCUGUUCGUUCCUAUACGCAUCAGUAAACAGACUUCAAGACCUGCUGAGCAAAAUAAUAUAGUGCCUUCAGCACCUAGCCUUGCCUCUGGUGGUGUAGAACUACUUGCUGCUGAAUAACAAGAACAAGUGAAGUGGUGGGAGAUUUUACCUUGAACAUUCAAUUGUCUAAAAGACCUGCUGAAGCUAUGCAGGGUGUAAUCCACUCCCUUGGAGUGGUAAUGCGAACAGUAAUACAGUGUGAGUGAUGUAAGGGGAACAUUCAUUAUGAUCAGAUGCACACAGUGCUUGUUGCAUCUUCAUUCUAUCACCCUUUUUUAUGAGUAGGGAUCUCAUUUUUUUAGUUUGAGGUUGCAGAGCUUUCACACAUUCAGCUCACCUCUUGAAAUCCUUUUGUUUUAAAAUAAAAGUCUCCAUAUUGAUCAUUAUUUUGCCACAACGUUUCACAGAUAAUGCAGCCUAUGAUGAGACAACAUGUCCAUUCUCCAAACCAGAUCUGUUCCUUUUUUCUUUUUUCAAAUUAGUCUUUGACUGUCAUUGCUUAUCUCUUACCUCUACAAAAAGUUGCACCUGAACACAUUGGUUCAAUUUACAUGAAGACCUGUGUGGAAGACCAACAUACUCACAGAAAGUACUAGAAUGUCACAUUGGACAAUGAUCACAUGUUUUGACUUCAGGACCCAAGCUAGAGAGUUGCGACAGUUGACAUGAACCACUGGUUAUCAGCUCAGAGGGACAGGCCCUAGAGUCACACCCUCCGUUAUGGCCUCUGUCUUUGACUACUUUGUGUUAACUGAGUGUGUCUGACUCAAGCAGCCAUGACAGGAGUCUGGUCAUCUUCAACCAUGAUCAGGGUACUAUACAUUUGCACAAGGAAUGGUGCAGUUUUGACAGCAUUCUAAAAUCCCAUACCGCAUCCAAAAUGGUGGGUUUUGUGGUUUUUGGGUUCAAUCAAUUUCAGUUCCUCUACUUGUUGUUAGGGGAAGUUUAACCUUGCUUUAGUUAACAGUGUUUCUGAAGCACCGUGUCAGGACUCACUUUUGGGACACAGGCUGCUGCCAGUGGUUGUAAGAGUGGGCCACCUAAGUAACAACACUGCGUAAUAUUUGUAUCCAUUUAUUUCUGUGAAUAUAGAACAUGGAAGGACCCACGCUCAUACAAUCGCACUCGAUUCACCAAUGGGGACCAUCACCCUUACAUUUGAGCUCAUUUCAUCAAGGGGGAAGCACUUUUGGGUCCUCAGUAAAUUUAAAAAUGUAAAACUGGCUCCCAAAGCAGUAACAGUUGAGAAACACUGCCUUAUAAUACUGCUUUUAAUGGCUGGCCAGCCUAAUGACAUUAUACAACAGGUGAAUGCCCAACCAUAGACUCUUCUUACAUUUCCAAAUUGAAUGUAGGACAUACACAUUGUUCCUUGGGUGGAUGUUCCUCCAACUAAGUAGAUAUGAGAUGUCCUGGGGCCUGAUCAGCCGUUGAUGUACAGUGGUAUACAACUGCUGCCUUGUACGACUGAUACGCUGCUUGUAUUGCCAAGAAUUAGGAGUUUUCUUCAGGAAUGACCUCAGUUUGAGCCAAUCAAAUAUUCUCUUGCUCACCUUGCACAUGUCUAGCAGUUUGUUUUCACUCUGUCCUUAGUUCCAACUUGGCCUUUAAACAAAAACACAUUUAUAGUACUUUUUCACUCUGGCCUUGUGAAGCUUUUAAGAAGAAAUUUCCGUUUGACACAAGUUUCAUAAGCUAAAUCCAUGAAAAAUGGGCAGGAAUCUUUUUCAGAAUAAAGUGGACCAUCCGCCUGCUGUGAUUAAGCUUCUUAGCAUGACUGUAGCAAGAAGACAUUAUAAACUGAUGAUCAUCACAACGUGAACAGAGAAAAUAAGAAAUUUGUGCUUAGGUGGUCCGUGGAGCCAUUUAUUUGGUCAACAUUGUCACCAAGUGGCCUAGAAAACUGUUUGUUAUUAUGGAAAAACUAGCUAACAUAGCUGAAAUACCCGGUGUUGCCCAGGAGGAAAAUAAAGUGUUUUUUUUUUAUUUUGUUUGAGAAAAAUAUAAUUAAAAAAAAAAACACAACUUUAAAAAUAAAUUAACAAUGAAGACUCACUCACGUGCUUGUCUAGCAGUCUUGUAUGUAAUCAUCCAGUUGACCCUCGGAACUAGACAACUUUAUUUAAUUUCAAAAGCAACCGGGUCGGGGUGGUGCUCAAAAAUAAAUAGUCACCUCCAGUUCACCCUCUGGUGGUCGUUCCGACUGUCAACUGGAUGAUAACAUGCAUACAAGACUGCAAGAUCACCCCCCACCCUACCCAGAAGGGAGUGGGUUAGGGUUGAUUUCACCCUACAGUAUUUUUAGUCAACCAAUGAGAAACGUGUACCAAGUUUCAUGAAGUGAUGCUGGAACAUACGUACUUUGACUUUUAUACAUGUAAAUGAAUAGGGAAUAGCCGGCCACGGAGUCGGUGCUGUGUUAUCACUCCAGAGUCUUGGGGUCUGGACACCAUGUGGAGUUUCCUCUUCUAUUAGAAGGAUUUGCAUGUUCGGCCCUGUUUGAGUGUGUCCUGUGAUGAACUGGCAGUGUUGGUUUCGGCCUUGUACCUGAUGCUUCCAUAAAGUGCUGUGGUUUUCAUUGAUCAUAAAAAUUUGAUUAAGUGGGUUUUGAAAAUUGUUGGAUGAAGUUUCGUCAAGUGUAAAGAAUGAUAAACAUCAAAUAUACAAUUCACCUGAGUGACAUGUUCUUGCUUUCUGUGACAUGGAAUGUCAUAGUAGAGAUUUGACUAGUGCUUGCAAAGUGUAAGGAACAAUAACAGCACCCAGACCCCACUAACUAACAAUUUAUUUAUAGCACUGCUGCCUCAUAACGUGAUAGACUUGGGUUCAGUUCCUGCCUUAGCUACCAUCUGCGUUGAGCUGGCAUGUUCUGCCCACCCUGUUUCUCCAGAUGCUUCAGCCAUUAUCAUAAUUGUGUGCAACUUGGGUUCACUGGCCCCUCUACACAUAUCCAAUGAAAAGGGGAGUUUGUGUGGGCUGACAUGUCUUCAGCAGUGGACUCGUGUCUCUGCCAGGGUUGGUCUCUACUCCAAGCCUGCCAGUUUACACACUGAUCUCUUAAAAAAAAAAAAGGAGUAAAGAUAUGGAUGAAUGAAUUCCCUGGGGGGUUUGCCAGCCUAAGUGAUCCAAGAAGAAUUGUAAUUUUUCCAUAGGAAAAAAUUGGCUCCUGCAAAUCCUCUACACUAAAGCUCAUGGGUUAAUAUUUAACUCAAGUUUAUGGAACUCCAUACUGCUAUUCAUUUAACAAGAUAAGUGUGCUAAUGUAUGUUAAUGAUGUAAGCUUGUGUGCUCUUUGGUGGCUGUGUGUUGAAAGAGCCUGAUGUUUAGAACAUA